AUUAUUAUUUCUGCGUAGGUCAGCCGAAACAUAUAGGGACAAAGAAAUCUUUAAUCAUCGUUUUACAUCGAAAGUUUGUAACGUAUCUAUUUAUUGGGACUAUUGUUUGGAAGUGAAUUUUUCACAAUUUUGUUGAUAGUUUUUACGGUUAUUAAACUAUAAAAAAUGUUCGAAGCCAGAUUAGUGCAGGGUUCCCUGUGGAAGAAAAUCAUAGAUGCCGUCAAAGACUUACUUCAAGAAGCAAAAUGGGAUUGCAACGCGAGUGGUAUCACAUUGCAAGCGAUGGACAGUUCUCAUGUAAGCUUAGUGUCGUUGAAUUUGAGGAGCGAAGGAUUUGACACCUACCGCUGCGACAGAAAUCUUUCCAUGGGAAUCAAUUUAGGAAGCAUGGCUAAGAUUAUUCGGUGUGCUGGAAAUGAUGAUGUUAUAACAUUGAAGACUGGCGACGAUGCAGACACUGUUACUUUUGUGUUUGAAUCUCCAAAUAAUGAAAAAGUGUCUGAUUACGAGAUCAGGCUACUAGAUCUGGACACCGAACAUCUUGGUAUUCCAGAAACUGAGUACAGCUGUGUUGUGAAGAUGCCCUCGGCUGAAUUUCAACGCAUAUGUAGAGACCUGAGUCAGAUUGGAGAAUCGGUUGUAAUAUGCUGUACCAAGGAGGGUGUCAAAUUUUCUGCAACUGGUGAUCUUGGAACAGGAAAUAUCAAACUUGCACAAAACUCCAGUGCUGACAAGGAAGAAGAAGCAGUCAUAAUCGAGAUGAACCAGGCUGUAACACUUACCUUUGCCUUGCGCUAUCUGAAUUUCUUCACCAAGGCUACUCCCAUAUCUGGACAAGUGACACUAUCCAUGUCUGCUGAUGUACCUUUAGUUGUGGAGUACAAGGUUGCAGAUAUGGGCUACCUCCGCUUCUACCUGGCCCCCAAGAUGGAGGAUGCAGACGACUGAGCACCUGUCGGCCAUGGAUGAACACAACUGUUUCAGUUGACUUCAUUAUUUAAGUUUGAACUUGAUCCAAUAAGGGACUAAUCGAUACUUUUGAUGAAAUGUCUUACAAGUGCUAUUAACAAAUCAGAUUGUUCACUUGCAAUUAUUGGCAUGCGACAUUCUGUGUAAAUAUGAUGUUUUGCCAAUCAUGAACAAUUCAGAGUAACAUGUAAUGUUUUGUUGUCUAUUGUGCAUAAAUUAUUGGAAUUUCA